AACCAGAGAGCGUCUGACGUCCCUAUUGUGCACGUGCAUUUAUAUACAGAGGAUACGAUCAGUACUCAAUCCAUUACUUAGUGUACUAAGAUUUAGGAAAAAUAUAUUUUAAAGCGGACUUGCUGCACCUGAUAAGAGUCUCCGCACGCGCGCGACAGUGGCAAGAUCCAGAGCACGUGCAACCUCACGCCCUUAAGCAUGACCAAAGACAGAGCAGUGUUCACCCCAGUCAGUGAGCCUGAGCAGGAAAGGAAAGCACCAAGGAACAACAUAUUUUCGCUCACGUCCUUCAGAAGAAGAUCAAUCAAAUGUGCUCUGAAGGCAAAGCUGUCAGCGUGUGGAAAUCGCAGGGCUAAGGCGAACGACAGGGAAAGGCAUCGCAUGCACAAUUUAAAUUCCGCCUUAGAUGCACUUAGACGAGUGCUUCCCACUUUCCCCGAUGACGCCAAGCUCACAAAAAUAGAGACCUUAAGAUUUGCACAUAAUUAUAUCUGGGCACUAACGGAAACUCUCAGAAUUACCGAUCACACACCGGGUCUGGAAAUUAUCAAUGAGCAUCCACAUGCAUCCGGCUCUUUUACUUUACACUGCAGCUCAGCAAGCAGCUCUUCAUCCAGCUUCACCAGUGCGCAAACCUACUACACAGAUCUGCUCCUGGAAGAGUUUGACUGCACUUUCAUACAUCAUCUGACAUUCGGGUGUGAUAAAGAUGACGCGUUUAUAAGUAAAGGUUUUUCACACCCACAGAGCUCCAGCAUUAGCACUAAUUUGUGAUUGUCAGAUGAUUUGACUUGAUUUAUUUUUACAACCAUUAACUUAUUAUUCUUGUAAUAGAUCAUUCCACGACAUAUGAAUGAAUAUAAGGAUUAUAUGUGUAUGCCUUAUUUUUUUAGUCUACAUUUUAAUAAAUUUUGAGAUGAAAUAAUAA